AUGCGCUAUGAAAGACAGCCCUGUACCUCUUUACCACCUCAGGGUAUUUUGCUUAUUUUUCAGAUAUUCUGGCCUACAUUAAGAAAUCUAUUUGUUCCAGUUUUUCUAAAUUGUUGGCUUGCCAAACAUGCCUUGGAAAAUAUGAUUAAUGAUCUUCAUCGAGCCAUUCAGCGUACACAGUCUGCAAUGUUUAAUCAAGUUCUGAUUUUGAUAUCCACUUUACUAUGCCUUAUCUUCACUUGCAUUUGUGGAAUUCAGCAUCUGGAACGAAUUGGAAAGAAACUCAAUCUCUUUGACUCCCUUUAUUUCUGCAUUGUGACAUUUUCUACUGUGGGCUUUGGGGAUGUUACUCCUGAAACAUGGUCCUCCAAGCUUUUUGUUGUUGCUAUGAUCUGCGUUGCUCUUGUAGUUCUCCCCAUACAGUUUGAACAGCUGGCCUAUUUGUGGAUGGAGAGACAAAAGUCGGGAGGAAACUAUAGUCGACACCGAGCUCAGACUGAGAAGCAUGUUGUUCUGUGUGUCAGCUCAUUGAAGAUUGACUUGCUUAUGGAUUUUUUGAAUGAAUUCUAUGCACAUCCAAGACUGCAGGAUUAUUAUGUGGUGAUUUUGUGUCCAACGGAGAUGGAUGUGCAAGUUCGGAGAGUGCUCCAGAUUCCAAUGUGGUCCCAGAGAGUGAUCUACCUUCAAGGCUCUGCCCUUAAAGACCAGGAUCUCCUGAGAGCAAAGAUGGACAACGCUGAGGCCUGUUUCAUUUUGAGUAGCCGCUGUGAAGUCGAUAGAACAUCAUCUGAUCACCAGACAAUUUUGAGAGCAUGGGCUGUAAAAGAUUUUGCCCCAAAUUGUCCUCUGUAUGUUCAGAUAUUAAAACCAGAAAAUAAAUUCCACAUCAAAUUUGCAGAUCAUGUUGUUUGUGAAGAAGAGUUUAAAUACGCCAUGUUAGCUUUAAACUGUAUAUGCCCAGCAACAUCUACACUUAUUACACUACUGGUUCAUACCUCUAGAGGGCAAGAAGGGCAGCAGUCACCUGAACAGUGGCAGAAGACGUAUGGGAGGUGCUCAGGAAAUGAAGUCUACCACAUCGUUCUGGAAGAAAGUACAUUUUUUGCUGAAUAUGAAGGGAAGAGUUUUACCUAUGCUUCUUUCCAUGCACACAAAAAGUUUGGUGUCUGCUUGGUUGGUGUUAGGAGGGAGGAUAAUAAAAACAUUUUGCUGAAUCCAGGUCCUCGAUACAUUAUGAAUGCUUCAGACAUAUGUUUUUAUAUUAAUAUUACCAAAGAAGAAAAUUCAGCAUUUAAGAAUCAAGACCAACAGAGAAAAAGUAAUGUGUCAAGGUCAUUUUAUCAUGGGCCUUCCAGAUUGCCUGUCCAUAGCAUCAUUGCCAGCAUGGGUACUGUGGCUAUAGACUUGCAAGACACAAGCUGUAGAGCAGCAAGUGGUCCUACACUGGCUCUUCCUUCAGAGGGAGGCAAGGAACUAAGAAGACCUAGCAUUGCUCCUGUUUUAGAGGUAGCAGAUACAUCAUCAAUUCAAACCUGUGAUCUUCUAAGUGACCAGUCAGAAGAUGAAACUACACCAGAUGAAGAAACAUCCUCAAAUUUAGAUUAUGCCAAAGGCUACCCACCUUAUUCUCCAUACAUAGGAAGUUCACCGACUUUUUGUCACCUACUUCAAGAAAAAGUGCCCUUUUGCUGCUUAAGAUUAGACAAGAGUUGCCAGCAUAACUACUAUGAGGAUGCAAAAGCCUAUGGAUUCAAAAAUAAACUAAUUAUAGUUGCAGCUGAAACGGCUGGGAAUGGAUUAUAUAAUUUUAUUGUACCUCUCAGGGCAUAUUAUAGACCAAAGAAAGAAUUAAAUCCCAUAGUUCUUCUAUUGGAUAAUCCGCCAGAUAUGCAUUUUCUGGAUGCAAUCUGUUGGUUUCCAAUGGUUUACUACAUGGUGGGCUCUAUUGACAACCUAGAUGAUUUGCUCAGGUGUGGAGUGACCUUCGCUGCCAACAUGGUGGUUGUGGACAAAGAAAGCACCAUGAGUGCAGAGGAAGACUACAUGGCGGAUGCCAAGACGAUUGUGAACGUGCAGACUCUUUUCAGGUUGUUUUCAAGUCUCAGUAUUAUCACUGAGCUUACUCAUCCAGCAAAUAUGAGAUUCAUGCAAUUCAGAGCCAAGGACUGUUACUCUCUUGCACUUUCAAAACUGGAAAAGAAAGAGCGAGAACGAGGUUCUAACCUGGCCUUCAUGUUCCGACUGCCUUUUGCUGCGGGGAGAGUGUUCAGCAUCAGUAUGCUGGACACACUGCUUUAUCAGUCAUUUGUGAAAGAUUAUAUGAUUUCUAUCACCAGACUUCUUUUGGGACUGGACACCAUACCAGGAUCGGGGUUUCUUUGUUCAAUGAAAAUUACUGAAGAUGACUUGUGGAUAAGAACGUAUGCCAGACUCUAUCAGAAGCUGUGUUCUUCUACUGGAGAUGUUCCUAUUGGGAUCUACAGAACAGAAUCUCAGAAGCUAACUACAUCUGAGUCUCAAAUAUCCAUCAGUGUGGAAGAGUGGGAAGACACCAAAGAUGUCAAGGACCCAGGGCACCACCGCAGCAUUCACCGCAACUCAACCUCUAGCGACCAGUCAGACCACCCCUUGCUGCGGAGGAAGAGCAUGCAGUGGGCCCGGAGGCUGAGCAGAAAAGGGCCAAAGCACUCUGGUAAAACUGCAGAAAAGAUAACUCAGCAACGACUGAAUCUCUACAGGAGGUCGGAAAGACAGGAGCUUGCUGAACUUGUGAAAAACAGAAUGAAACACCUGGGCCUCUCUACGGUGGGCUACGAUGAAAUGAAUGAUCAUCAGAGCACCCUUUCCUACAUCCUGAUUAAUCCAUCUCCAGACACCAGGCUUGAGCUGAAUGAUGUUGUAUAUUUGAUCCGACCAGAUCCACUGUCCUACCUUCCGAACAGUGAACCCAGUAGGAAAAACAGCAUCUGCAAUGCCGCUGUUCAGGAUUCUCGGGAGGAAACACAACUCUGAUGAAAAGAAAAUAAGAGACAUUAUAUUCCUUGCAGGGAUCUUGCUUAAAAUCAUUAAAAUGUUGCAGAUUGUCUAAAGAAGCUGACUGGAUUGUAUUCAAUUUCUCAUGUUGCUUCUAUAUAAAACAAAAUCUAUUCUCUUUGAAGUACAGAUCAUUUUGAAACAUAAUGUGAUAUUUGUUGACAUUUUCCUGCUUAAUAUUUCAACUUCAUUGGAGGAGAUUCUCAAAAUAACUAUAAAAUGCAGAAAUGAAAAAUCUGAUAUUUAGUUGUUUAAGAACUAAGAGUGUAUAAAAAUUUUAAAAUCCACCUAUAUUAAGUACAUCACAAGAACACAGAAGAUUCAUUUUCUUUUUAUAGUUAAAGAUGUCAUUAUAUUGUUUAAAAUUGUUGUUUUUAAAAUUGAGCCCAUUAAGAAUUAAUGCGUAUCUCUAUAUGGAGAUUAACCACUAACUUACAUGGCUGACUUCUGUCUAGGCAUCAUAGUUUGCUUCAGAGUAGAUCUUUAACGUCAUUUCUGUCUUUCCAUAUUACUGUAUUUACUUUAGGAUCUGAGCUAUCCAUAGCAUGAUUAAUUUUACAGAAGAAACUAAAACACAAAGGAAUAUUGAGCACCUGAGCUUUUUUGGUAACUUUACAUCAAAUGCACAUUUUAUGCUAGGAAAAGUGUACUUAUGAGAAAAUAUUUUUGUUCUCCUAAAAAAAAUGCCAAACAGAGAAAACCAGACAUAUCUUUACAGCUAAUUUGAAUGUGAGAAUUGGAACAUUACUUGUAUAUAUCACAUGAGCAGUGAUGACUUCUAUUACUGUUAGCUUUAAUAUUUUUCAUUUUGCUAUAUAGUAAAAUUCACUAGGAAAAUGACUUAAAGUUGAAAGAAGAAUAUUUAUAUGUUUUAUGGACCACAAGGACACUUUAAAAUCUUAAGCACUCUCAAAAUGUUUUUGAUAUUAAAUACUCACAAAGUCUGAUUUAAUGUCAAAUCACUAAAAUGUAUCUAUACUUAGCACUUUAAGGAAAAACAUUACUAUAGAUAUUUAUUAUAUUUGAAAUUUAAUAUGAAUUAUUCAGAAAUUGACAGAUGAAUUUAAUAUAAUCUGACUUUUAGUUUA